AUGUCCUCCGACCAACCGCGGGUCGUCGAGAGCAGACCAUCGGCCUUGACGUCCAACCCGGCGCACGAAGCCGAGGACGAAAGGGACCAUGGUACUGCCGAACGCCCGUUGUUGGGCGACCAAGUACGGGACGUCGUCCGUCUGAUUCAAUGUCGGAAAUGCAACCGUCCCCUCCAAGAGCCCGUCACGCUGCCAUGCGGCCGAAGCCUCUGCAAACAAUGUCUCCCUGAGACACACGCUCGAGAAUACAUAUCCUAUCCCGCCACGCCAAAUAGGUUACAAGGCUUCGAGUGUCCCUACCAGGAAUGCGGUCGAAAUCAUGCUGUGGGCGACUGUGGCGUCGAUGUCAUUCUCACCAAGGCAGUCAACAAUUUCAAGACCGAGAUGGAAAAGGCAAGAGAGACCGUAACGACGGCCGAGAUCUCCACCCAUGUCAUUAUACAACGCCCAAGCAAUGAGCAUGAGGACAUCAAUGUUGAGGACGAGACGACCUCCAGAGUUGUCAAGGGGGGUCCGCUGGUCGCCGUUUAUACGCUGGCGGAUUCGGGUGAGUUGGGCUACGACUCCAACGUCUCAUUUGCGGAGGUAUCUUCUUUCGGAGAUGAAGCCGCCGCCAUCGAUAACAAGACUUUUCUCAAAGUCAAAGAGUCGGUACGGACAGAAAUGGACUGCCAGGUCUGUUAUGCCUUGUUCUACGAUCCCUUAACCACCGUGUGCGGCCACACGUUCUGUCGGUCUUGCCUUCAUCGAGUCUUAGACCACUCAUCAUACUGCCCUAUUUGCCGACGGGGCUUGUCAGUCAGCCCUCUACUUUACCGGGAAUCCUGCCCUUCAAACGAAUAUCUCAAGACCAUCAUUGAAACAUUUUGGGCCGAUGCCGUCCUCACAAGAGGAGAUGCUUUGGCUGCCGAGGCACUCAACAGACAUCGCGAGUUUGAUAUUCCCAUCUUUGUCUGCACCUUGUCGUUUCCCAUGAUGCCAACAUUUCUUCACGUAUUUGAGCCACGCUAUCGGUUGAUGAUCCGCCGCGCUUUGGAAGGCGACAGAACAUUCGGCAUGGUGCUGCCACAACGGCCGCGGACCGCCAACGACACACAUUUCGUGGAAUACGGAACGUUGCUACGUAUCGUAAACGCUGAAUACUUUGCGGAUGGCAGAAGUCUCAUCGAAACGGUUGGCGUCUCCCGGUUCAGAAUUACGAGACAUGGAAUACUGGAUGGGUAUCUGGUGGGCAAAAUCGAACGACUCGAUGACAUUUCCAUCGCGGAGGAGGAGGACCUCGAGGCAAACGAAACACAACAUGCUCUAGAGAGGUUCGAUAGUGCUGCCACACACCAGAGCGAGGAUUCGACAACGUCAGGACCACCCAUGACGACCUCCGAAGACCUCGCAAAAAUGCCGACGAGUGAACUCCUGUCCUUUGGUGUGUCGUUCGUCGAAAGGAUGCGACAACAAAGCGUGCCCUGGCUGGCACAACGAAUGUUGACGAUAUAUGGAGAGUGUCCUAACGAUCCGGCGCUCUUCCCAUGGUGGUUUGCCAGCAUUCUGCCCGCUAAGGAGUAUGAGAAGUACAAGCUGCUCGAAACGAGAAGCGUCCGAGAGAGACUCAAGAUUUGCUGCGGCUGGAUCUUGGAGUGGGAGUCUAGCAGUUGGUGA